UAGUGGGCCCAGCAUCUCAAUGGAUGCCAAGCUUCCCGCUUCUGCGCAGGCGCUGGAUGUGCGGAUCCUUCACUCGAUCCCUACUCCGGUGGCGGAUGCCCUGAUCUCCCGGGGCUGCCGCCAAGCACCCGACGUCACGCCGGAGGCGUUGAAAGAGGUCCUGGCGCAGCAUCAUGUUGCUGGCCUGGAGCAGCGGGCAAACAGCAUGCUGAGUGCUUGUCGUCAAGAAGCCGCAAAGGAUGCUUGGCGUAGUGCUGACUCUGCGCUGUCGCUGCUACGGAAGACCGCUCGGCCCAAAGUCACGUUGCCCUGCACAGGUCUAAACCAGCUUCUGGGCAACGCUUUACGCGGUGGAGCACUUCUAGAGGUCUUCGGCUUGCCUGGCAGUGGCAAGACCCAGUUCUGCCUGCAGCUGUGUGCAGCAGUGCAGAUUCCAUGCGACCCAAACAUCAGUAUAGUUGAGGCAGUCUUUAUUGACACAGAGGGCUCCUUUGUGCCGCAGCGAUAUUUGCAGGUGUGCGAAGCCCUCUUGGCGGAACGGAGGCCACAUUUAGAUCCUCCCGCUGCAGCUGCGCAGCUGGAGGCAGUGAUGCGGUCCCUCCACGUCUGUCGGGCUUACGACGCCACCGAACUCUACUCCACCAUAAAGCAGCUUGGAGCAUUCAUAAAGGGUCGGCGGAGGCCAGUGGGCGCCGUAGUGGUUGAUUCCAUCGCCUUCAGUUUCCGGCACGAACUCAUGGACAACACAGCCCAGCGUGCUAGGGUACUGGCCGAAAUCGCUGGCACCCUGCGUCAACUUGGCGCUGAUCAUGAUUUGCUGGCAGUGGGCAGAGAAGAUAUGGGAGGAGAGGUCACCAAUCACAUGACCACAAGGUUCGGCCGCGAAGAUACCUGGCUGGCACCCGCUCUUGGAGAGACUUGGGCGCAUCAAGCAAGCACACAGCUGCGUCUCGAGAAGAUGGCCUGCUGGCAACAACCCGGUUUGGGCCGUGCAACUUUGACCAAAUCAGUUGAGAAGGCUGCAUGUAGCUGUGCCUACCGCAUCAGCCACAAAGGGUUGCGGGAUGAUGGCCCUGAAGCGAUGCCGGUGGAUGGAGGUUGCACUGGUCUCGCGCCACUUUGGGGUCGAAUUGCAUGAGCCGCUCUGGAUGCUGUAGGCCCAAAGUGUUCGUGCCACACAAAAAUCUGGUAGGUUUCUCUGUCAAAUCCGGUGGAAGAAUCCCCG